AUGCCAGCGCCCGGCUCGUCCCACGGCGGGAGUCGAGCGUCCCCCGCAAGCAACACCACCAUUGCCAAGCACUCUGUCACCACACGGUUCCGCAUCGUCUUGCUAUGGAUCCUCUUAUCCGCGACCAACUACGGCUACGGAAUAUCAGAGCUCAAUGCGCUCCAGCCCAUCCUCACGUGUCAAAGCCGCAGCCCCUCUGCACCCCAGCAGCUCUCGCCGCUCUCCACUGGCUGCAUUCCGCUCACUGAAAGCCAAUUCGGCCUCGUCACGUCGCUCUUCACGCUCGGCGGCCUCGUGUCAUCUUUCCUCAUCUCUCCGCUCUCCAAGUCCCUCGGAUGGGGCCGCAAGACUUGCAUCACAGCUUCAGCCACCGCAGGCAUCAUCGGCAGCGCCAUCCUCGCCCUCUCAUCCGGUCUCUUUGGUCUUGGCGUGGGCCGCUUCGUCCAAGGUAUCGGAUCAGGCAUCGGCGUCGUGAUCGUGCCCAUCUUCAUCAACGAGAUCUCACCCACCGCGCUCAAAGGAUCGAAUGGAGUGCUCAACCAGUUUUCCAUCGUGUUGGGUAUCUUCGUCGCCCAAGCAAUCGGCGCAAGCUGGUUGGGCGGUGAUGGGUGGUAUUGGCGAGCUGUGCCGCUUGUCUCGGGAUUGGUGUCGGCGUUGCAGUUAGUAGGUUCGAAGACGGUCGGGCUGGAGUCGCCAGGGUGGUUGGAGGGCGAGGGAAAGGGGGGCAGAAGUGGGUCGGCUGAAGCGGCGAGCGAUGCAGCGGAUGAGGUGAGGGCGUCGUUGUGGUCGCCCAAAGAGCUGCAGAGUUGGAAAGACGGGCGUGGAUCGAGCGGUGGACGUGGCGGUGGCGGCGGUGGUGACGGCGACGAAGAGAGGCAGGGGCUUCUCACUGAGACAAGCCCAGACGAGCCAAGCCCAUCUUCCUCGUCUCCCUUGGAACGCAAUCAAAUUGGACUCACCUCGCUCUUCACCGAUCCACAAGUACGUCCAGGAGCAACCCUGAUCGUCCUCACCCAACUCGGCCAGCAACUGAGCGGCAUCAACGCCGUCCUCUACUACAGCGUCGGUAUCCUCGGCUCGAUCCUCCCCUCGCUAGCCGGCUCCAUCGGCAUCCUCAUCACCAUCAUCAACAUCAUCAUGACCUUCCCGCCCAUCUACCUGAUCGACGAACACCGCGUCGGGCGUAAAAACCUCAUGGUCGGCUCGGCGGUGGUGAUGACUCUGGCUUCUGCUUUGCUCGGCGCAGGCAUCGUGUACGGAUACAAGAUUUUGAGCGCGGUUUGCAUGAUCGCUAUGGUCGCAGGCUUUUCGUUCGGGCUGGGCCCGAUUCCGUUUGUCAUCUUGCCCGAGUUGGUGCCUUCUAGAGCCGUCUCCACAGCAACCUCGCUAGGACUGACCCUGAACUGGACAGCCAACUUUCUCGUCGGCUCCGCCUUCCUCCCCAUCAAAAACGCACUCGCGCGCUACGACACCGCCCACACCGGCGGUGCCGUCUUCUGGAUCUUCUCGGUCUCCAACUUGAUCACCGCCGUCAUCGUCGCCACCAGGUACCAUUACAAGCCCGAGUGA